AGAUUUUGUCAAAGAUAUUGUCAAACCGGAUUUUUCGUCCUGUGAUUGGUCAAAAGUUAGCAGCUUUUUUUCAUUCCUCAAAGCAACAAAAUGGCGGACAAGCGCAAGUUGCCGAUCGACAUUCAGUACAAGCAGCUCCUGGGUAGGUCCCUGCCGCAGCGACCUCCAUAGCAUCCUCCUAACGCUCCCUACAUCCUUGUGUCCCGUAGAGGCGCUGGUGGACCGCCGCAUCGUGCCAAAUAAGUGGCUAGAGCAACACAAGCAGAUCCGCGACGCUAUCGCCGCGCUGUACCCAGAGCUGCCUCUGGCCAGCGACGCGCUAUCUAAGUUCCGCUCCAAGAAGCCCAGUCACGAGGAUCUCAACUAUUUUGACUGCAAGUUUAUCUUCAAGUGCCUCGAACAAUCGGACGAGGGAGCUUCAAAGAACUUUUUUGGCCAGGUUCGAAGACAGCAGCUGUGGUGGCAAGCUCUUAAACUGACGAGGAUUUGCGUUGGUAUUUUACUGUACACAGUAUACGUCGCCCGUGCUUAAGCGAUGGAGCGCGUUGAUCCGCCAGUAUGAGAAGAACAACGUCUUCGCAGCCGAGACUGCGCGUAUCAUCGCCCAGAACACGGCGUUUGAGAUGUGAGUGGGGAUGGUGAAGUAUAAAGUGUAGGUGCUCGUGGACUUAUAUCUGUGUGUGCUGUGCUGUUCAGUCCUUUCCUAAAGAAAUCUAUCCAGCAGAAUGAAAAGCAAGUCGCAGAUAAUAAUCGCAAGAUGGCGGACCUGACCAGAAGCAUCGCAGAGUAUAAGCGCAAACUCGAGACUUCGUGUGCUGACAUGGGCAUUCUGGGAGAGAACUUCCGUGAGGAACUGCGACGAUUGCCACUGGAACUGCCGUCCAUUUUCGAUGGCGUUGCGAAAGCAAUUUGUAGUGAUGAAAUUGCCAAUGCAAUUGAGUAUCACCAAGCUCUCCAGGUAUACCUGCACGACUGUGAGAUCCCCGUCGUGGCAUCCGUGAUGGAAUCUACUAGCUCGUCUUCUUCAAAGAAGGGCAAGAAGGGCAGGAAGAAGAGCAAGAAGCAGGCUGAGGUGACUGAAGAACCUGAAAUGUCAACCGAUGAGCCAUUUGAGCUCGUCGUAGCCCCGCAUAAGUUCUUUGCUGCCAUCGAGGAAUUGCGCAAUGCAAGCGACGAGUUGGUGGAUACUACGCUCGAUUUCGAGGCAGAAGCAGCGGAGAUCAGUUGGGAUAUCUCACUUGACGACAGCGGCACCGCUGACGCCGGAGAAAUUGACUGGGGAAUCGAAACGGUCGCAUCCGCCGAACCUACUGCCGCAGCUGAUGACGCCCCCGUCGAGAUCGAUUGGGAUAUUACAACUUCUGAUGUCGUGGAACCUGUCAGCGAAGCCAGCGCUUCUGAAGCUGCUGGCGUCGUGGAGCCGGUGCUAGAUGUGCCUGCUACGACUGGAAAGCCCACUCGCGUGGGCCUUCUGGACGACAACGAAUUCCGCACCCGAGUGCUUAACGAUCUCCUGGAGCUACGUGCAUUCCUCCGCCAGCGGCUAGUUGAGUUGUCUGGGAGCGAUUCAGUUGCUUUCGCCAAUCAGUUCCAGGGUUCUUCACCGCUAUUGGAACAGCAAAGCACGUCUAGGAUCGAAGAGCUACAAGCUGUAGUGGACCACGCUGUAUCUUUGUUGACAAGCAAGCGCCUUCAGCAAUUGGUACUUAUCAAGACAUCGGAGCGAUAUUUGGAUAGGCAUGUGGCGAGUCUGGAGAUGCUGACGAAGCACAUGGACAAGUGCCGACGUGAAAUUCACGGAUUGGAGGACAAGAAUGUGGACCUCAUUGAUGCCACUAAAAACGUGCAGCCUCAGAUCAACGCCCUUGUGACCGCAACGAAAAAGCUCAAGAAAGAGCUGGAAGCAGCGUUACCGCCGCUGUUCAAGGGAUACAAGGUCAAUAUCGUGGGCGAGGUGAACAGCCUGUAGUUCUUCCCUCUUUAUGGCCAUUUCCUGCCACACUCUUUGAAGUAAUAUGGACAAGCUGCGUGUUUCACAUUCUGACUGGGUAUUCGUAACUUCAAUUUUUGAUUUGGCAUGGUCAAAGCAGCUUUAUUGGUGAGUACAUGUACAUUUAUGAUUCAUUCACUAGACUUUUACGAUAUGCAACUGCUUCCAAAACACUUGGCGGUGCUUUUCUACACCAUCACAAGAGCAAAGAGGGCCGUAAACGCGGUCAACGCCGUUGCCAUUCCGAAGUUACGCGCUGAGACCGAGCCGGAUGCUUCACUGCCAACGGUGUCCGAGCCAGCCGACUUACUCUCGCUCUUGCGGUCAACGGAUCCAUCGAAGAACAUGACACUGCCAGAGCCAGAGUAGCUCGCGGCGAGAUUGUCGGGCAGCAGCACCAUGAUCGUCGUCGGUGUUUCCGUAUCAGUCGCCGAAGGUGCAGCAGACGCAGAGGCAUCCGCCGUUGAUCCGGACGAGGUAUCAGUAGUAGACCCCGUGCUUGACAGGUCCGUGGUAGCUUGCACGCGUCGCAACGCGUUCGUUGGGUGGAUUGCAACAUUGCCAGGAAUCUCCACAUCAGCUCCCGGUUCCCAGCCUAAGCCAAUGGCAUAGGUCGAUUCCAGCAAGACUGCAACGAAAAGUGCGAAGAUGAACUGGAACGGCUUCAUGGUUGAGUGGUUGUCGGCUGUUGUUGUUGGAGAACGGGAGGAAGUUGAAUAAUGAGCUUUGGAUGCUGAGUGUUUCGGUGUCGCUCUCAUUGUUAAUCUCCAGUAGUCAAUCAAGCUGCUCUUGGACAAUAUACUAGUCAAUCAAUGAGAGACAAGGCAUUUCUCUUCCAUCACAUCCAUCAACAUCGACUUCGAGACGAUCCACAUGUCUUUCGAACGAGCGCUCUCUCAAGUUCUCUUACUUUUGGUACACCUCGGAUCAUCAAAUACUUCGAAAUACAAAAUACAAUUGUUCGUUACUGAUCCAUAGCAUGAACAUUAUAAGCUGAAAGUAGCUGAGCCAACUG